AAUACACAAACGUUAAACAUUAACUGUCUAGAUACUUAGACAUUUUGUAUGUGGUGUUCAGCCUCAAAUAGCCUACCAGACUGAAGACAAACUUUAAGACUGCAGGAGCUCUUAAUAAUCUGACCAAAUGGCUCUGCAUCAGCAACUGCCAUUUUUCAACCCAAGUGUCCCGUUCAGUACUCCGAUCCAGGGUGGAUUGAUGGACGGAAUGAUUAUUACUUUAUCUGGGCGGGUUUUGCCAGAUGCAGAAGAAUUCAGUGUGAACCUUCACAAUGGGUCCAAUAUAGCUCUGGACUUAAAAGCUCGUUAUGAGUGUAGCCUGAAUAUAGAGCAUGACACCAGCCAGAAGUGGGGCUCAGAGCAAAAGAGGUUUGAAACUCCCUUCUCGAGAGGCCAGCUGUUUGUUCUCCAGAUCCUUGUUACACUGGGGUCAUACAAGGUAAGUAUCAAUGAGAAACCCUUCAUGGACUACAAGCACCGUUUACCGUUCAAAUCGGUGGACAGUUUUCAUGUGGAUGGAAAGGUGGCGCUGAAUUUAGUUGCCUUCCAGCUCGCGCCCCAUCUUGUUGCACCUCCAGGAUCUUUUAAAGUCCCGUACAAAAGCAUCAUCCAUGGUGGACUUCACGCUGGCAAAGUCAUCAUCGUCCAAGGGUUUAUACAGUCUCAACCAUAUAGAAUAGUAAUUAGUCUACGGCACAAACAUGGAAUUGCGCUUGACUACAGUCCUCGUUUUGAUGAGAAUGUGGUUGUGCGCAACACUUAUGAGGAUGGGCAAUGGGGCGAGGAGGAACGGUCUAAACCCAUGCCGUUUAAAAAAGGGGAACCGCUGCUGGUCGUCAUUUUUUGCGGUCAACAUCAAUACGAGGUGUUCGUUAAUGGUGAAAAAGCUCACACUUACAGCCAUCGCUUCACUAAUCUGGAAGAGAUUGAUGUUUUAGACAUUCGAGGAGAUGUGCAGCUGACCUUUGUGCAGCCCUAGGAUUUCAUCAGUAUCUAUGAGAAAUGUGUAGAUAGGCCAGCACUAUAUAAGCAAAUGCUGUAUUACACUGUGUAUUCAUAUGCAAAGAUAUUUGGCUUGGAUGCACAUUAAUACGAUACUCAUGUGAUUGACCAUAGAUUCAGUGAGAAAAUAAUGAAAAAUAAACGUAAGACUGUUUAAAAAAUAAGAAUGUCUGUUGAGGUCUGACAGAAAAGAUGUCAAUCUGGUUAGUAAUAAGUGAAGCUGGUAUGAAGUAGCUUUUAGCCCCCUAAAAUGGCUUGAUCCACCUUGAAGGACAUCAAAACAUGAUCAUAAUGCUGUUGAACAAUGUAUGAAUCAAACAGUUUUAAAACAUAACAAAAUGAACAUUGUGACAUAUAGGUGAGUUAUAAGAACUUAAUUUCAAAUAAAAUUAUAAUUAAGAAUAA